AUGUCGAUGUCAUUAAUAGGUGGCGGGAUCCUGGCCCUACUCUUGGCCGGCUAUUUGGGACAAAAAUAUGGACUUCCACCUCCAGCACCGAAAGUAGCAGGAGUGGAUUUGGGAACGACCUACUCUUCGAUUGGCAUAUGCCAUGCAGUAACGGGAGAAACAACGAUACUAGCGGAUGAUUUGGGAAAGCGCUCCGUGCCGUCGGUUGUAGCAUGGCUACCUAACGGCACUGUGCUGGUUGGGACCAGAGCUGUUGCUCAGCAAGAACAUAAUCCGUCUCGAACCAUCUACGACGCGAAGCGCUUUAUCGGACGCACCUUCGACGAAAACAACCCUCUCUUUAAGCGAGACCAAAAGCGCUAUCCAUUCGCCAUAAAGUUGGAUGAGACUCGACAUGCUUACUUCGAAAUCCCGCUGGAUUCUGGAAUCAAAAUUGUUUACCCGCAUGAUGUCGGUGCGAUCAUCAUUAGAUAUUUGCGAGAUGCUGCAGAAAAACAACUUGGCUCAAACCUGGCCCAGGUCGUCAUUUCGGUGCCGGCCGAAUUUGAAGAGAAACAACGAGAGUACACCAGCAAGGCAGCUGAGUUGGCGGGCAUGGAAGUCUUGGAAGAAACGUUUGGGAAACAUAUUACCGACCAGGAAGAUAUUCAACAGAUCCGGCUGGAAGUUGAGGCUGCAAAACUGCGGCUCACCUCCGAUUUGAAGACGACAAUUUCUUUGGAUUUGAAAACGACGGGUGCUUUCAAGUAUGAGAUUACACGUGACGAAUUCGAGGAGCUGAAUCAUGCGUUGCUCGAAUCUAUCAAGGAGCCAAUAAGGGCCGCAUUAGAAGACGCUCGGAAAGAGCCCUCCGACAUCGAUGAGAUCGUCCUGGUCGGUGGAUCGACACGGAUUCCACGCGUUCGCAAGCUAGUUGGACAAUAUUUUGGAAAGGCACCAAACUUUGGAAUAGAUCCCGAAUUAGCCGUCGCUACCGGCGCGGCUGCGCAAGCUGGCGUGAUUGGUGGUGCAUGGGGGCUUAAGGUGGGCGCUGUAGAACUACCGAUACGGAUACGAAAGCGGCAUUUUUAUAGCGACGAGCAAAAGGUCGAUGAGAAAGAAUUC